GGCCCCCUCCCCCCCCCUCCCUGCGCGAGCGCGCACACGGUCCCGAUUGCGUCUCUUGUGUUUGCACCAGCUUACGUUUACGCUGUUCGAUAUUCGAGGGGAAAGGUGGGACGAUCGGUCAGACCCCCGGAGCACCGAGUAUCUCAGGUUCGCCUGGUGAUACGAGCCACCUGACAAUGCUGUAGACGGACGAUAGUGUCGGAAACCUCGUUGGUCUCGCCGCGGGAAGGGUCCUCCCCCGUUGAAGGUUAACUUCCUCCGCUUGUAAACACGGAAUCGCCCGAGGGACAAUGUCUGACGAACAAUUCUCCUUGGUGUGGAACAGCUUCCCGACCAACCUGUCCUCGGGCCUGUACACCCUGCUGACGGACGAGCACCUCGUGGACGUCACGUUGGCCGCCGAGGGUCAGAUUCUGCGAGCCCACAAGCUGAUACUGUCGGUCUGCAGCACGUACUUCCGUGAGCUCUUCAAGGGCAACUCGUGCAAGCAUCCCAUUGUCAUACUGAAAGAUGUCAAUUAUCGAGACCUGUCGGCUAUGCUGCAUUUCAUGUAUCAGGGCGAGGUCAAUAUCAAGCAGGAGGAUAUCGCCGGCUUCCUGAAAGUCGCGGAGGCUCUACAGAUAAAAGGACUGACCACGGACUCGGACGAGAGAUUGAGGGAGACUCUCGGGAAGAAUGACGAGGACUUCGAGGAUCGCGGUUUCUACGAGGUGGAGAGGGAGAAGUGCGACCCCGGCGGUACGGACGAGAGCGUCUCCACGUUCGGCAGGCUGACGCACAUCGUGAAAGAGCAGUCGACAACGAGGCAGAGCACCUCGACUGACGAUGACAACUCGGCGAAAGAGAGACCGUUUACCAUACAAACGUCAGCCGUCGCUGACGCCUGCCGCUGGCAGGCCUGCACGGAGGCCGACUACAGUGUCCCGGACGAGCGGACGGCGUUUAGCGGCAAGAGAAGCAGAAGCACGGAUGCGCCGUGCGAAGAACAGCCACUGGACUGCACGUCCGACGUGAGCCAACCACGAUCGGCCAAGCACGAACCGUUGGAUUACACGAUGGACACGGACGCGGAUUCGGGCUACAGAUACACGGCGGAAAAGAUACUCUAUGCCGGCAACGAGAACGCGCCGAAACAAGAUUUCGCGCCAGAUACGCAGUUAGUUCCCUACAAUCAGAAUUCACAAACUCAGCCGUUCGGUCUGAGCGACACGGCGACUUAUCCCAGCGACUUCACUUACGAGACUGCGAAUUCCAGCAACAAGGGACGGCGUACCGUCAAGGGCAUCCCUGGCAGCAGUUUGCCGUUGGAGACAACGUUGCGUGUCGUUUCCGAGCUGGGGCCGACGCUGCGCAUGGAGCACGGCAAGGUGAUACGCAUGUACGCGUGUCCGUGGUGCCUGCGCCAGUUCACGCGCAAGGAGAACCUCAAGCUCCACGUCCGUUAUAUUCACGGUCCGCUUGAAAGUCUCACGUGUAAGCUUUGUGGCAAUAAAUAUAAGAACAGUAACAGUCUGCGUGUACACUCCUACCUCUAUCACAACGCCAAGCGGGAUAAGAGCAGCAAGUCGCUGGUGGCUUGCGACGACGGUGUCAGCGUCGACGAGGGCGACGGCGGCACCGGCGACAGUGGCGGUGACGGCAUGUGAAGGCGACAGUCCCCCUCGACAAGUUCUCCCGUCGAUGUGCCCGUCGAGAAAGGGCAGCGAGGAUUAACGAGUGUUGAUGAAAUGAGAAGCGACGAGAGCCGCGACUGAAAUUUGUUAUAUUUAUACCUGCGCACCAUACUACAACUCGCACGUUCUAGACAUAUAAGGAGUACCGACUAUUUCUAUACGAUGCUAAACGAGAGGUUUUUAGAAAUAAAGCGCCUUAUUGUACACACA